AUUAUGUCAUUUCCAACAUCUUGUUUAGUGUCAUAGACUGUUUCACUAAACUCAGUGUCAACUUAUUCUCAGUUUACAGCCAUAGAAAAGCAUUGUCUCCUCCUCCUCUUCUCUACCUCCUCCCUUCAUCCUCCGAGGUUGUGCAGAGUGGAAGAACAUAUCACCUCCUGGUACGUGUGUCACAUACUCUGUGACAGCAUGUUUGAGUAUCUGAACCUGUGAGAAUCAUGUGAAGAAGGAACAACCAACAAGGAACCAUAUGGGAUACAUUCCGAGCUGACUUCUGAACUGCUCAUCAUCAUCACUCACAUUCAGGCCGUCCCACACGAUGCCCUUUGGGAAGAGCAGUGUUGGUCCUGUAGAGGCCAGCCUGAGUAGUCGACGGACAGAGGGCAGCAUGAGGAGCAGUCGUGGUGAAGGGGCCCUUGCUGCUCAGAACAUGAACAACUGCAACAAUAACGAUGGUAAAAAAGACGAGAAGAAAGACGAUAAAAAGGAUGACAAGAAGGAUGCUAAAAAAGAAGAACCAAAGGAAGUGUGGAUCAUGGACCCUGCCACAGACACCUACUACUACUGGCUGUGCACCAUAUCCAUUCCAGUGUUCUACAACCUGAUUUUCCUGGUGGCCAGGUCUUGUUUUAAUGAACUGCAGUCAGGAAAUGUAACGAUGUUGAUGGUUUUUGACUACAGCUCAGAUGUCCUCUACUGUAUUGACACCUUUGUGAGAGCCAGGACAGGUUUUCUGGAACAAGGUCUUCUUGUAAAGGAUGCAAAGAUCUUAAAAGAAAAGUACAUGAAGACCCGGCAGUUCAAACUAGACAUGAUAUCAGUGAUUCCCACAGAUCUCAUAUUCCUAAAAAUUGGCAUCAACAACCCAGAGUGGAGGUUCAACCGUCUCUUUAGGCUAGCCCGACUUUUUGAGUUCUUUGACCGGACAGAAACUCGAACAAAUUUCCCCAACAUCUUCCGAAUAGCUAAUCUUGUGCUUUACAUCAUCAUCAUCAUCCACUGGAACGGUUGCCUCUAUUUUGCCAUCUCUAAGGUCCUCGGCUUCGGCACUGAUACAUGGGUGUAUCCAGACGGAAAGAACCCUGAGUUCAAUCGCCUGCUAAGGCAGUACAUCUACUGCUUCUACUGGUCCACUCUAACCCUGACCACUAUCGGGGAAACGCCGCCCCCAGUCCGAGACAUUGAAUACUUUUUUGUGGUGGCCGACUUCCUCACUGGGGUUCUGAUCUUUGCCACGAUUGUAGGCAACGUUGGUGCCAUGAUUUCAAACAUGAGUGCAGCACGAGUGGAGUUCCAGGCCAAGAUUGACUCUAUAAAGCAAUACAUGCAAUUCCGAAAGGUCACAAAAGAUCUGGAAAUGCGAGUGGUGAAGUGGUUUGACUACUUGUGGACAGAGGAGAAAACGUGUGAUGAGAAGCUGGUACUGAAGAACCUGCCAGACAAGCUCAAGGCUGAGAUAGCCAUCAACGUACAUCUGGAGACACUGAGAAAAGUGCGCAUCUUUCAAGACUGUGAGGCAGGUUUGCUUGUUGAGCUGGUCCUCAAACUUCAGCCUCAAGUUUUUAGUCCUGGUGACUACAUCUGUAAGAAGGGGGACAUUGGCAGGGAAAUGUACAUCAUCAAAGGAGGAAAGCUGGCUGUAGUAGCAGAUGAUGGCGUUACCCAGUUUGUGGUCCUAAGUGAUGGGGCAUACUUUGGAGAAAUCAGCAUCCUGGGUAUCAAGGGCAGCAAAGCCGGAAACCGAAGAACAGCCAACAUCCGGAGUGUGGGCUACUCAGAUCUGUUUGCCCUCUCCAAAGACGACCUGAUGGAGGCGCUCAUUGAGUACCCGGAUGCUAAGAACUUGCUGGAGGAGAAGGGAAAAGCCAUUCUGAUGAAGGAUAAUCUCAUAGAUGAGUCACUGGUCGCUGCUACUGAUGCCAAAGACUUGGAGGACAAAGUCAACCGUGUGGAAGCCAGUGUGGAGAUCAUGACAGCUAAAUUUAGAAAAAUGUCAGCCCAGUAUGAAUCUUCUCAGCGUAAACUUAAACAACGGCUAAGUAAUAUGUCUAACCAGGUCAGAACCCUCAGAGUAGAUCAUGAGUAGAGGCCUCCCACAUGACGUCGGUCUACUCUGGGACUCUUUGCUCACACCGAUGACAUGUAAGCAGCAUCUGGACGGUGGCUGGUUCCUGUACAGAAUAUUAUGAGCAAAUGUAAAGUUUUCCUUUCUCAUAAACACAGAUAUUCAGACAGCUGAGUAACUCUAUACUUAAGAACUAUCAGUUGAAUUCUGUAUUGAAUAUCCACAAACUGUCUGAUACCACAAUAGAAUAUAAAUAUACUGUAUAUAUAUAUAUUUACACCUGGCCUGAUUCUCUCAGACCUGUCUGUCAUUUCAACAUGUGUUCUCAGAUCUUGUACUUUAUUUGAUAUAAGGACCAAAGUUAUUGUAAUUGUAAUAAAUUCUAAUGCAACCGAAAGAUUUCAUUGUAUAUUGAACCCAAAAAAGUUUGUAUUGAGUAAUGGCAGGUAAGAGAGAUCAUGGAACCUUUUUUUGCACACGGCUCUGAUGUCUGUUCUGAAUGUGAGAUGGCCACGCCCCCGAUUUGCAUAUUAGAAUGUGAAAUAAA